AGUUUAAGAGUCGUAGGAAUAGAGAGCCAAAAGGGAAAGCGCCGAGAAGCCACGCAACGGAGUCGAGAAAUUCUCACCUUUGGACCCGAACAUCGUCGUCUUCCUCUCCUCCUCCGAAAAGUCCAAGUCUUUGCGUCCAAUCUGGAUGCUUUUUACAUUUUGCUUCUUUCUUCGGAAACUCGCACGUCUUUGCCCACCUUAUUCUUCAAAACGAAGAACAAGUCUAAUUUCCUCUUCUCUUUCAAACUACCUAUUUAAUGCUCCUUCAUUCAUCACUUCUUUCUGGCGCGGGAUUUUGACAAUUCUAAGAGAAACCCCAUUUGGGUUUUGGGCUUCUUUUUUUUUUUGUUGUUGUGAGUUUUUGGAAUCUGAAUCUUUCUGGGAUUUCAACUGAAUCCUUAGCUGAUUACAUUAAUUGGGUGUCAGAGAAGUUUGAUUAACAAGCAUGGAUGGGUCGUCGAGUGAUUCGAAAUUGGACAACUCAGGAGUCGUGGAGCUGACCGGGAAGAUAAUGGUGGUAGCCAUAAUAGUGCUCUUCAUGGUGGUGGUGUUCGUCCUGUUUCUCCAUCUCUACGCCAAGUGGUUCUGGUGGAGCAUUGACGAAGCCACCACUAAUAAUACUCCUCGCCGCCGCCGCCGCCGCCGCUUCGUAUUCGCCCCCGGACAAGACCCGGCAGUAGCUGCCACCAUGCGAAGAGGGCUCGAGCCCUCGGUCCUCCGCUCGCUUCCCGUAUUGAUAUUCGACCCACAAGCCUUCAAAGAUGGGUUGGAAUGCGCGGUUUGCCUCUCUGAGCUUGUGCAGGGAGAGAAAGCUCGGCUGCUCCCCAAAUGCAAUCAUGGGUUCCAUGUCGAUUGCAUUGACAUGUGGUUCCAGUCCCACUCCACCUGCCCGCUUUGCCGGAACCCAGUUGCUCCUGAAAUCUCCAUCUCCAACACUAGUACUGGUGAGGUAGCAGCAGAGGAUGUUGAGGCAUCAGGAGAGAAUUUGGCUUCUGGAUUUUCCACAGAAUCUCCGAAUUUCCCCACAAACGUCUUGUUUUGGGGUAACCAGACUCAGGUAAGUUCUUUGGGUGCUUGUUUGGAAGAAGGCCCUUCUUCUCAAUGCCCUUCUUGCCCGUCGUCUUCUUCUUCAUCAUCGGCUAGUAGUCGGCCGGCGGAUGGAAUGUUGGUGAUUGAUAUACCAAGGCAAGUGACUGAGAACUUGCCAUCAUUAUCCCCUUCGGCUAGCAGGUUUUCCGAGGAGGAAUCAAAGUCGCCGGUGACGACAAGACUCAGGUCAUUGAAGAGGCUUUUGAGCAGGGAUAAUAGAAGAGCAAGUCCUUGUAGUCCCGGUUCUGUUGAUGUUGAACAAGCAGGGAGAGCACAGAGUUAGAAAUUAAGUUCCUAAUUAGAUUGAACAUAUUGGGUAGUGUAGAAUAUAGAUGAGAACUCAGUGCAAGAUUAUCGGAAUAAUUGAUUCCGGUAAUGAGAAUUGUUAUUUGGAAGUUCUUGAUGUUCAUGUCCGGUUCUACCAUCCCUGAGAAUUGCUAUUUCUUUUGGGCUAGAAUUAAAAACUCCCCAUGUUAUUUUUCUCAACGUU